AUGGCAACAACAUCUACAGUGCCACCAGCCACGGAUGCCGCCUCUUACAUCGACCUCGCUAUUACCCUCACCCUUAACAACUGGUCAGCCCUCUCAUUAGCUGUCGAUAAGCGGGGCUGGCUCUGCGGCGCAAUUUCCGAUAUGCUACGUGAUCGACCCGAGACCGACGCUAAAGACCUGGAGGAAGUGCUUGUUACGUGCCAGGUCAAUCAACAAGAAAGAAAAAGCAAAGAUGGGGAAGGAGAGAGAGAGCAAGUGGUGAAUCCCAGGGAUCUUAUAGCAGAGCUAUCCCACAUGAUAAACGACAAGUUUGACGUCGUAGUAGACGACGAGGGCGCCGCGGACAUGAUAAUAGAGCUUAAGGCCUAG